CACACACACACACACACACACAUAGAGGUCUGUGAACAACAACAAGAGCUUUGGAGGAGUCCGGAGCUGUCAGAAGAUAACACCAUGGCUGCUAACGUUAACAUGUCCUGCCGUCUGUUAGCUAGACACGGGAAUGUGACACAUUACAGUAAAGUCCUGUCACAGUGCGUUCAUGUAAACAUUCACAGACUGUACUCUGGCGCUACGCACAAGGAAAAUGAACUUGCACUUGGAGACUCGACUUCAGCAGCUCCAAACUUCGCUUCUUCUCCGAAAAGCAGGUUAACUCAGGAGAGGCUCAGAGACCACAGCUUACCCUUUUCAGCAUUCUUGACUGACAGCUUCGGCCGGAGACACAACUACCUGCGCAUCUCCCUGACUGAGAAAUGCAACCUGCGCUGUCAGUACUGCAUGCCAGAGGAGGGGGUGAAGCUGACACCACGGAGCCAGCUGCUGUCCACCACGGAGGUACUGACCCUGGCCCGCCUCUUCGUCCAGGAGGGGGUGGACAAAAUCCGCCUGACUGGAGGAGAGCCCCUCAUCAGACCCGAUGUGCUGGAUAUCAUUGCAGAGUUGAGGAAGUUGGAGGGUCUGAAAACCAUUGCGGUAACGACCAAUGGCAUGAACCUGGCCAGAAAUCUGCCUAAGCUGAAAGAUGCUGGCCUCGAUCUGAUUAACAUCAGCUUGGAUUCACUGGUCCCUGCCAAGUUUGAGUUCAUUGUUAGGCGGAAAGGGUUCCACAAGGUCAUGGAGGGCAUUGAUAAGGCCAUCGAAAUGGGCUAUAACCCUGUCAAGGUCAACUGUGUGGUCAUGCGAGGCCUCAAUGAAGAUGAGCUGUUGGAUUUUGUGGCGCUGACAGAGAAGAAGCCUCUGGAGGUGCGCUUCAUUGAGUACAUGCCCUUUGAUGGCAACAAGUGGAACUUCAAAAAGAUGGUGAGCUACCAGGAGAUGCUGGAUGGCAUCAGACAGCAGUGGCCCCGCUUAGAAAUGGUUCAGACUGGACACACAGACACAGCCAAGAUAUACAAAGUGCCAGGCUUUAAAGGUCAGGUGGGCUUCAUCACCUCCAUGUCUGACCAUUUCUGCGGCUCCUGCAACCGCUUACGCAUCACUGCGGACGGCAACCUCAAGGUGUGUUUGUUCGGGAACUCUGAGGUGUCUCUCAGGGACAUCUUGCGCUCUGGGGCGUCAGAUGAAGAGCUACUGCAAAUCAUUGGGGCAGCUGUGGGCAGGAAGAAGAAACAACAUGCAGGCAUGUUCAGCAUCUCCCAAAUGAAGAACAGACCUAUGAUCCUCAUUGGAACCACAUGCCAAAGGCCUUUGUCCUCUCCUCCAAAGUCACAAGAUAGUCAGAAGGCUUUCCCUAUUGUUUCCCAGCUUACAAACGAUGCAUUUCUCUCUCCGACAACAGCUCCUCUGAUGUGCCAUUCAGGCAACAGGAGAGUCCUAAACAGAGAGGGUGUUUUGUGCCUUCCAGACUGCACUGCUUCAACACAGGCGGCCCCCGUUUGCUGCUAUAGAACCUUAAUGAACAGGGUUACCCAUCUUCAGUCACAUAUCAAGAAAGAAAAACCUAACGAGAUGGAUAACCUCAACAAUGUAGCCUCCCGUCAUGCUUCUGAGUUUGGUAGUAGUCUAACUUCCCCCAGCUGUCACACUAAGACUCUCCGUUAUAGGACAGAAGAUUGUCUCAGGUACGCACAAACCAGGGGUCCAAAUGCUCUGAAGAGCCACUUCCUACGGACCCCAGCAACACUCAACUUUUGCACACUACUAAUGAAUGCCAAAAUGAAUCUUAAACAUCACAAUGUUAGACAUUGUCACAAUCAGACUUCCAGCGAUGACCCCAGUGUCAAACUCAGACAAUCUGCUAGAGCUCAGACCAAGUCAGGUUCAAGUGCCGCCAUCCUUCACCCAGAUGACACCUCCGAAGCCCAGCUGACGCACACGGACGCCCAAGGCCGAGCCACCAUGGUAGACGUCGGCGGGAAACUUCCCACGCGCCGAGCAGCCAAAGCCCGCGCCACCGUCAUCUUGGGCCCCACCGCCUUCCGGCUGCUUCGGGAUAACCAGCUGGCGAAAGGCGACGCCUUGACCGUGGCGCAGUUGGCCGGCAUCAUGGCUUCCAAGCAGACCUCAACCCUAAUCCCGCUCUGCCACCCGCUCCCUUUAGACAACUCUUCCGUCACCUUUGACCUGGACGAGCUGCAGAACGCAGCAGUGGUUACAGCGACAUGUCACACUACAGGCAGGACAGGGGUUGAGAUGGAAGCUUUGACAGCCGUUUCUGUAGCAGCGCUGACUCUCUAUGACAUGUGCAAGGCUGUAAGCCACGACAUCAUUAUUACAGACAUAAAGCUGGUAAGUAAGACCGGCGGGAAGAGGGACUUUCAUCGUCAACCCUGACCACCUCAACACACCAGUGAAUCCAACCCUGGAAAACUGAGAAUGAAUGAACUGUAAAAAACGUGCAGACUACGCCAAGUUUCACCAGAAUUGUUAUUUUUCUACAAAAACAAAAAAAAUUACACCAUCAUGACAUCUUACCAUAGUUUAAUUACUUGAUCUGUCACUUAUCCCACACAAUAUGAAACACUGGAUAUUUGAUAUAAGAUGCUACCUGUUUUGUAGUGGCUAAUACACUACUCAAGUCUUAAGUGUUACCCCCCCCCCCCCCCCCUCCCUCAUUGUGUCCAAUUGUUGCUUUGUUGUUACCUCAAAAUGUGUCAUUGUAUGAAAACAUGUAUCUCCUAAUAUGAUAGAACCGGCUGGUGAAACGACAUCUGAUGCAGCUUCCUUGUACUGUAUUUCACAUUCAUGUAGUCAGUAUUAUCAUCUCUGAUAUGCACUAUACACCAAUAUUCCUCAUCUGUAUCACUAUAUUUUUAUUGUGUCAUACCAAAUGAUUCAUUAUAUUCACUCUUCAUACUGUACCUACCCGUAAAUUAGCUGAGAUGAACAGGAGUCCUGACGAUAAGCAUGGAGAUAAUUUGCGCCCAGUAAAAUUCACUAUGCUGCAAUGUCCAAUAAUUAAGACAAUUAAGACAAACAUUGCUUUCUGAUGAUCUCAAAUUUUUUUACAGUGUCUGAAAGCUCAAUGUUGUCAACAAGAUAAGAUAAGGGAAGUAAGUUAAAAUGAUAUUUUCUAUGCCCAAAACAACAAUAACCACACAAUCAUCUUUUUUUAAUGUCAGAUCAUUAUGUUUCAUAGACUGGCAUAAUAAACAUUUUCAGGCCAUAAGUAUGUUUUCUUGAAAUGUAAGUUACAGGUUUUUUUGUUAUAAUUUGCAAUUAAAAGUGCAACAGAUGGAAGCUUUGCUAUUGCACAAUUGUAGCUCUACUAAUUCCGAUAUGUUAAAUAUUAACCGUGGUUGAUUAACUGUUAUUAAAAUGGAUUCAGCAGUGUUGUUUUUUUUACUGUUUUUUGUUUGUUUGCUAGACGUUGAAGGCAGCAGUUACCAUGACAACAGUGCAAAAAAAGCGGAAGCUAUCUUAACGUCAAAUAGUCCGUUUAUCUCUGAUGUGAUAAAGUUGUUAUGAAGAAUAAUGUCAGACGGUAGGUUGAUAACUUCAUUAAUUAAUACAUUUAAACACUUUGCGUUAACAACACUUAACUAUUGCUAUUUUUGACAAGU